AUGGUUAGCGAUUUCCACAAGGUUAUUGGAAAGGAAAUAAGGGAGCAAUCACUCGAAAUGUGGGUUGGCAAACCGGAUGUCAUCCUUGCUUACGUCGGAGGAGGAUCACUUGCCAUUGGCAUGUUUCAUGAGUUUCUUCAAGAUCCGGAAGUCAAACAUAUCGGGGUGCAAAUUUCAGGUCGAUUUAAACAUAAGCAUCAUGGAAAUUUCUGGAAAGAUUUAUCAACUUUGAAAGACGGGGAGCCGGGGUUGAUUCAUGGAGCACUUACGUAUAUCUUAAUGGAUGAUGAGGACAAUUACAUUCAUGAUAUUCAAAUUUCGGAUCCCAGGCUCAACUUAUCCCGGAGUGGGUUCAGAACAUUGCUUCUUAAAAGACAUAGGGAGGGUGGAGUACGAAUGUUGAAGGAAGAGAGGAUAAAGUUGCAUGUAAGGACCGCCCAUGUCGUGACUUACUUAAACAAGUUGUGUCCCACCCUAGCUGAUGGCUUCAAGAUCGUCAUUGGCUGCAAGUGGUAUCUGUCAACAGAUGUGGAUGAUUAG